AUUUUGCUUUCGACAUCUCCCUCCUAGACAGUUUCAGUAGUAGAGAUAGUUGUGCAACUCAGAGAAGUGACUAAGUAAGUGAUUUACAUAAGUGAUUUUUUGUGUUUUUCAUGGGAGUGACACAAUGGACUGGAUCAUUUCUACCACAGUAUUUUUGUCAGUGUUAAAAGCUGCACUUUGUUUCAAUAUUGAUCCUGUGGCUUGGAAGACCCUGAGUAACUCUGCUGCAGGUUUUGGAUACCAGGUGGUGCAAAGACAGUCAGAUUUGCUGGUCAGUGCCCCCCUUGAACAACUUUCACCAACUAAAAGAGGGCAAAUAUUUAAAUGUUCCACCAAAGACUGCACUCCAGUACCAGUACCAGUGCCAAAUUUUGCAGUCAACGUGUCCCUUGGUUUGACAAUGACAAGUGAUCCCAACACACAAAAAACUUUGGCAUGUGGUCCAACCAUCCCAAAGCACUGCGAAAGUAUCACCCAGUAUAGCGGUGUGUGCUUUGAGAUAGACUCUUUUGAUGGCGUUGGACCCCCUGUGCCUUAUUCUAUUGAAGAGUGUCGGACCAAAGCAGACAUUGCAUUUCUGUUGGAUGGCUCAGGCAGCGUAGAUUAUUCUGAUUUUGAGAGAAUGAAGAAUUUUGUGAAAAGUGUUGUCAAUUCAUUCCUGGGAAUGGAUACAAAGUUUGCCAUCGCCCAGUUCUCCUCGCAUGUUGUCAUCCAUUAUUACUUUAAUACUUCUAACGCUGAUACUUCUACUUCUGAACACUGGGAAUCUCAAAUCAAUGGUAUAAGACAGUUAACUGGAGGGACUCACACAACUACAGCCAUCCGAGAAGUUGUCAACAACGUCUUCUCGACAUAUAAAGGUUCCAGGCCAAAUGUGAAGAAGAUUUUAAUAGUCAUUACAGAUGGAGAAUCUAAUGAUGGGGGUGAUUUGCGAGGUGCAGCUAAAUUAGCUGAAAAUAAAAAGAUUGUUCGAUUUGCUGUUGGGGUGGGGGCUGCAUUCACAAAUGACAGAGCAAAACAGGAACUGUACACCAUUGCAUCUUCACGAGACAAAGUGUUUCAAGUGUCAAACUUUGGUGCUCUUGAAACAAUACGGCAGAACUUGCAGGACCAAAUCUUCUCUAUCGAAGGAUCUACAGGAACUGGUGGAGAGUCACUGAAAAUGGAAAUGGCUCAAAGGGGAUUCAGUGCAGCUUAUGUGCCUCCGGAUUCUACACGGGGGAUUCAGAUGGCUAUUGUUGGUGCCAACCAGUGGAGGGGAGGCUUCGAAGAAUACACAAGCGAGAUGUUGAUGAACUCCUAUGAGCCUUUGGACAUAGAGCUUGACAGUUAUCUGGGUUACUCCAUGGCAGUCGCCAACACGUUGUCUGGCCCACUGACAAUUCUUGGUGCUCCAAGAUAUCAACACAGAGGAAUUGUGAUGUCGGUUUUUGCAAGCAGUAUCGGCCAAAGAAUUGAUCCCUUUAAUUGGCAGUUUAAGAUUGGUGAAUAUUUUGGUGCAGUGGUUUGUGCCAUGGAUGUUGAUCGUAACAACUUAACUGACCUAGUCCUCAUAUCUGCCCCUAUGUACAUGGACAGUGAUAGAGAGGGAAGAGUUUAUGUUUGCAACCUAUCAAGUUUGAAAAUUGAGUGCCACUUCGAUUCUCCAUUAGUACUGAGAGGGGAUCCAUCUGACCAGGGAAGGUUUGGGUCUUCUCUUGCUGUACUCCCGGACCUAAACCAAGAUGGUCUCAAUGAUUUGGCAAUUGGAGCACCUUUGGAGAAUGAUGGACAAGGUAGCAUCUACAUCUUCCAUGGUGAAAGAGGACGAGGAGGAAGGAUUAGUCCUGCUUACUCACAGAGAAUUGCUUCCUCUGAGGUCCGGCAAGGACUGAAGUUCUUCGGGAUGUCGAUCAGUCAGUCUUCUUUUGACCGUAGUAAUGACAAUCUGCCUGAUUUAGCGGUGGGUUCAAAGGGAAAAGUUGUCUUACUCAGGUCAAGGCCCAUAGUAAUGGUAGAAACUUCAGUGACAUUCAACCCAAACCAAAUCCAAACCCAAAACUGCUCAACACCACUGGAUAACACAGCUAAAAUCUGCUUUACCAUGACCAGACACUCUGUCGUCAAUACAGCUAGUGCAAUUAUUAAUUACACUUUCACACUGGAUGCCCAACGCAAGGUCCCAAAUAACCGAGCUUACAUCAGGGACAAACAACGAGAGCAGACCGGAUCAUUAACUCUUACCUUUGAGCAAAAAUGCAACGAUGUGAAAUUCCUCAUUCAGGCCUGUCCGGACGAUUCUCUGAAUCCAGUUAACAAUGAGCUUCGAUUCAUCUUUGACGGUUUGCCUUCUAGCACAGGUCUCAGACCAAGUCUAGCCCAGCAGGCUCAGACAACAACCUUUCAUCCUUUGGUGUUUGAGAUCAACUGUGGCACUGACAACGAGUGUGUAGAUAAACUGAAAGUGGAUUUCAACUUCACCGGAUCCUCUGAGGUUAAAGUAGGCACUGAUGAACUGCUGAAUGUCACCGUUUCAGUGGAAAACAGUCAUGAAAACUCCUACAACAGCCGUGUCAUUCUCACUUACCCACCCGGGCUUUCCUACAGGAAGUUUACGUCACUGAAGGGAAGAAUUGAGUGCAACUCCUUGGACAGUGGAGCUCGCUUAUCUCAGGGAAGAACAGACUGCACUGUUGACAAGCCUAUUUUCAAGAGCAACGCUAAGGUUCUCUUCAUUGUGUCCUAUGGGAUCGACACCACUUAUAAACUUGACAGGACGUUAAUUAUCACUGCAAAUGCCACCAGUGGGAAUCAGCACUCCAGUGGAAGCGAACUUUACAAAAAAAAUACGAUUGACGUGAAGUACAGCAUUUAUGCUACAAUUGAAAGUUCCCUCAGCUACACCAACUUCAGUCACGGAAAGAAUGAUUUGCAGAAACCAGUCCAACAACCAAUUGUGCUUGCAAAUGACAACAGAGCGCUGAAUUUAACUAUGGUGAUCAGGGUGCCAGUAAAGCUCGGUGAUAAAGACAUUUGGGUGAAUUCCAACAGCUUGCAGAUUCCAGACUGCCAAAGAGUCAAAGAUGAAAAACCUACUGUCACAAAUUUUGUUGCUGAGAUACAAAACAAUAAGUCAGUGGACUGCUCUGUAGCCUGGUGCAGAGUGUUCAAGUGCAAUCGAUUCAUGGGAAGCCUGGAGCAUAAAACAUACACAAUCUCUGCUAACCUUAGUUCAGGAUGGAUAGAGCAGAUUGGACUUAAGUCUGCCAGAUUCCUCUUGACUAGUACGGCCACUCUGGAGUUUGACAGAAACCAGUACAUUUUCUUUUUACCAGGGUCAAAUAACAACCCUCUGGUUCACAAGAUUGUGACACAGGUAGAAGUGUAUCCUGAACCAGACUUCACCAAAGAGAUCACCGGAGGAUCCCUGGGAGGGUUGGCUCUACUCAUUCUACUCACUGCUGGCCUGAUUAAGGCUGGAUUUUUUAACAAUAAAUUCAAGAACAUGGUGAAUGAGGGACAAGAAGUUGGUGAAGGUGCUGAAUGAGGCGAGUCCGCACCAGAAUAAGAAACAUCCGAUUACUUCAUCUGUAAAAUAAAUUGUGCAUUUCUUACGUUAAUAGAAAAUAUAUAUUGCUAUUUUCAUGAAGACACAUUUGGAUGUGGCACCACCACUUUCAAUUAAUUAUCCUAGAAGAGAGCUUGUGAUCCAUGCAUUGAGUGACAAGAAAUUUUGCUUCAAGAAUGAUUUUUCUAAUCCACAUUUUGAACUGAAUAGCUUGCUGUUGAUCGUCAAACAUUUGUGCUUAUAUCCCUGCAGACUGAUUGUUUAACUUGUACAUUUUGUUUUAAGUGAAAAAAAAUACCAUAUAGUACAAUCCUGUUGUCUGAUUUUCAUCACAUGAUGUACUGUAAAACUGCUGAAAUACAAGGUGGAAUGCUUCAGAGCAAGCACCUCACUUGCUUGAGAUAAACAUGUCAUUGUUGCCACUUUUACUGACAAUGUGAACUUUAUUUUUAAAUAUGUAAAUAGUGGGUUCUGAAUGUAUGUAAAAAAAAAAAAAAUCUGAGCUGAUGCUUCAUUAUUUCAUAUGUGAUUCAACAUUUUGUUUUAAACUAACCUCAUACAAAGCUCCUGACAUGUCUAUGUAGAAAGACAAUCGAGCUAUAACUGAGUAGAUAAUAACAGAGGUUGACCUUCAUUUAACCAGAUUCACUGAAACAUUUAGAAAACAUCUUUUUCUUUUAUAAUGCAGCUUUUUUUCUCAACACUUUUUUCUGUUUGACUUGAGUUACUGUAAGAGCAUUUACAAAAUAUAAAUGGAGGCUAAUGAGAAUGCUGUCAGUUGACAUUUUAGUACAAUAAUGAACUACCUCAAGGCCCUCUAACAACAGUAACACAGGUAAUGGGGACAAAGAAGGACAGGAAUGACCUGCUACUGCUGCUCCUCCUGUGGCCGCAGUAGAGGGCAUGUCACCCACUGUCUCCUUUAAGAAUGACCUGAAAGAUCCGAAUGAGUGCACGGACAGAGUUACAACGGCCACCUGGAACCAAGAUGAAUCUGACUUUACAUUUACAGGAGGAUCAAGGUGGCCCUCUGCUAUGUAGAACAGAAAAACAUGAUUCAAUGAUCAUCCA